AUGACCCACCGAUUCACCAACCCACAAACCACCGAGCGAUUCACCAACCCACUGACCCACCCACCAACUGACCCACCGAUUCACCAACCUACCAACCGACCCACCGAUUCACCAACCCACCAACUGACCAACCCAUUCACCAACCCACCAACCACCGACCGAUUCACCAACCCACUGACCCACCCACCAACCGACCCAUCGAUUCAACAACCAACCGACCCACCGAUUCACCAUCCCACCAACCACCAACCGAUUCACCAUCACACUAACCACCGACCGAUUCACCAACCCACUGACCCACCCACCAACCGACCCACCGAUUCACCAACCCACCAACCGACCCACCGAUUCACCAACCCACCGACCACCCACCGAUUCACCAACCCACCGACCACCGACCGAUUCACCAACCCACCAACCGACCAACCGAUUCACCAACCCACCAACCGACCUAUUCACCAACCUACCAACCGACCCACCGAUUCACAAUUCCACCAACCACCAACCGAUUCACCAUUCCACCAACCACUGACCGAUUCACCAACCCACCAACCACCGACCGUUUCACCAACCCACCAACCACCCACCAAUACUUUCUAUACAUUCACCUGA